UCUCUGUGCAAGAUGGCCGCCUGAGUGGAGAACUCACACAUCUCCAAUAAAAACUAACCCUAACAGCUCGCUUCCCCGCCUCAACUUCCACCGCCUGCACCCAGGACGAUGAGACGACGGCACCGGCGACGGCUGCUCCCGGUUUAACGCAACGGAAGGCGAGUUUUGUCUCCGCAGUUAUGGAUUAAAGAGCAGAAACAGAGCUGGAAUUGGACGGGCGUUACGGGCCCUGCGUUUUAACCCAGCAUGGACAGCUUCUUCAAGGCAGCUGUAUGUGAUCUGGACAAACUGCUUGACGACUUUGAGCUCAGUACUGAGGAGCUUGAAUGCAAAUCUGUUUUCCUGAAGCCGUCCGUGUACCCGUUCUCCUCACUGGGCUCUCAGUGUUUGUCCUCAGAGGCGUCCACUGUCCCGCCAAACCUCCCUGACCUCAACUCUCUUCAUUAUGGUUCUGCCACCAGCUGUCCCGACCGCUCCGGCAGCCACAACCGCAGCGCCGCUGACGACAGAGAGGUCAAAGGUCAGCCCCUCACUGCAGUGGACCUCCUCUCCUCUGUGGACCGCCGGCCGGCUCAGAGCUCUGCCCCUCCCUGCCCGGACAGAGCUCUGAAGCCGGUGUGCGACCUUGUGAACGACACGAGCUCGGCCAUCCUGGUCAGGGCCAACAGCCACGAUGCUUUCAGCGAGCUGGACGUGGUGGAGAAGCAAAUGGAGGAGGAGGAGACGCUGCUCGUGGACUUUGACAGCCCCGUGGUCACUGUACACGGAGAGGAGCGAGGACUGCCGAGCCAAAGUGCCGGUAGAGACGCCAAGGAGGAGCAAGCCUCUGCGGGGAAAGACGAGCUGCUGGGUUUAGAUUCCCACGAGCAGAGCGGCGAGUACUCGGCCUCGCUCAGUCUGCUCGACGUCAUUCUUCCUGCCGCAGCGGAGAGAGGCUGUGAGUCCGCUGACGAUUCACCGUCACCAAGGGCCGCGGAGUCAGCUGACAAAGAGGAGAGGGACUGUGAGGAGGCGGCUCGCACGAACCAAGCGGUGGUUAACUCCUUAGACCACUGUGAACCGCAGGGCACUCCGCCUGUUGAUGGCAUUAAAGAAACAACAACAACCUCAGCGAAUAACGAGGGUGAGUCACAAGAAGCCUCAGAUAAAGGCGAGGCAGAGUCUCCUGUGGGUCUGAAUUCAGGGGCCUCAGACAGCGAAGCGGUGGGCCUAUCGUGCCUGCCCUUAGCUGUGUCCAUGUGUGGCGCUCUGGUGAACUCAAAGGCCGCAGACGAUGAGUUGGGGGAAGCCGUGGAGCAGUGCGAUGAGGCAGACGUCUCGGAGAGCGCAGAGGCAGACUCCCUGUCAGCCUUGGAAGCCAGAGAGGACAGGGCCCGUUCAGAGGAGCUCGCGGAGUCCCAGCAGGUUGCCGAGGGCAGGCUGUCACCGGAGGGGCAGCAUCUGUCUGCCGCCGUCCCUCCUGCAGACCUUGCCUCCUGCGACCGCCCAGAACCCAGCCCAGUGGAUCCUCCCGAGUUCGGCUUUGAAUACCUGCCUGAGAGCGACCAGGCCGACCUGCAGGCGCACACCGAAGCAGAGCAGGGUAGGGGGGUCUCCUGCUGCGCCACUGCUGGAGAUCAGCCUGAGAGUCUGUCAGCAUUAAAUGGAGAUCUGGAGGGCAGGCUUGUGGAAGAGGAGCUGAGGAGCUGUGGUCCAGGUAGACGGGAGGAUCUGGAGGGUCUGGCUUCUCCAGAAAGUGACAGAACAAUGUGUGUGUCUGUAGAGGCGAGUUUGAACCCUGGCGCUCCGUCACUGCUGCAGGACUCUCGCAGACCUUGCCAAGAAGAGCCGGAGCUCUCCUCUGGGGUUAGCCAUUCUUUGACCAGCAACACUUUCCAGUCCCAGCACAGCAGUAGCCUUGAUCAGCAGCCCUCCUAUGGAGGUGCCAGACCUAAACAGCUUCACUGCCAAACUGCUAGAUCUCCUCCAGCAGGGGACGAGGGAGAGGAGCAAGCACAGCCGCUCCCUGGUUCUUCAAACACAGCAGAGGAUGAAGAGAGUUCACCCACAAGCCCCAUGGAGGAGCAUUCCAACAUUAGGGAUCUGAGCCCUAUGUACGCCACUCAGGAGCCUCAGGAGUACAGUGUGGGGUACGAUGAACUCUCCGAGCCCCCGCCUUACCCCGGAGAGCCCCCCACGGAUGGUGCCCGGCCGGUGAACUGGAAGAGAGAGGGAGUGGAGGAGCUGGGGAGCAGACAGCCUGCGUGGGUGCCAGACUCUGAAGCCCCCAACUGUAUGAACUGCUACCAGAGGUUCACUUUCACCAAGAGGCGGCAUCACUGUCGAGCCUGCGGAAAGGUCUACUGUGCGGUGUGCUGCAACAGGAAGUGUAAGCUGAAGUACCUGGAGAAAGAGGCUCGUGUGUGUGUCAUCUGCUUUGAUACCAUACACAGAGCUCAGGCCCUGGAGCGGAUGAUGAGUCCUGCGGGUCCCAGUCCGAACCCCAACGUCCCAUCUGAGUACUGCAGCACCAUCCCCCCUUUGCAGCAGGCUCGCGCCGCCGGCACUCUUAACUCUCCUCCACCGACCGUCAUGGUGCCUGUGUCCGUUCUCAAACACCCAAACAACGACAGUUGUCCUCGUGAACAGAAGCGCGUGUGGUUUGCUGAUGGCAUCCUGCCCAACGGAGAGGUGGCAGACACGACCAAGCUGUCGGUGACGAGCCGCAGGAGCUCCCAGGAGUUCAGUGGUGUCACUCCAGACCAAACAACACCUGGCCCAGCAGGGUCAGAGGUCGGAGUUGGUGGCUCCUCCUCUCCCGAAGCUUCUGUAGCCGUAGAGGUGGUUCGGCCUCCAGUGUCUGGACCCUGGGAUUACGCGCUCCUCUCCGGACUCAGUUCUUCAGUGAGGAGGGUUCCCAGUCUGCUGCCAGAUAACGAGGACGAGCUCCCUCCUCUGCUCAUCACCACCGGAGAGGAUGAAGCAGGAGAUGUUCUGGUUGAGGAAAGUCCGGCUCCGUGCCAGAUCCUGCACUUAUUAGAAGAGGGCGGACCCCGACCUCUGACAUUUGUUCUGAACGCUAACCUGCUAGUCAACGUCAAACUGGCCUCAUACGGCAGUCGGCAGUGCUGGUGUUUUGGCUCUAACGGGCUGCAGGCGCUCGGACAGAGAGAGCUGGUGUUUUUGUUGGAGUGUUUGCCAGAAGAAAAAGCUCUUCCAAAAGACCUCUUCACGCUCUAUCUCAACAUUUACCAAGAAGCCCAGAAAGGGAAGUUUUUGGAGGAGCUGGACAAUGUGACGUUCACGAGCAGUUUUCUGGGCAGUAAGGACCACGCUGGGAUGCUCUUCUUCUCUCCCACCUGUCAGCCUCUAGAUGGCCUCACUCUCCCCCCUCAGCCUUUCCUGUUUGGCCUGCUCAUCCAGAAACUGGAGGUUCCCUGGGCCAAAGUCUUUCCACUCAGGCUGCUUCUACGGCUUGGAGCUGAAUACAGUGUGUAUCCCACUACAUUGACAAGCGUCCGUUUUCGGGACUCUGUGUAUCGAGAGACAGGACACACCAUCAUGAAUUUACUGGCUGACCUGAGGAACUACCAGUACAGUCUGUCAGUCGUGGAGGGCCUGAGGAUCCACAUGGAGAUGGGCCACAGCUACAUUGACAUCCCCAAAUGUAGCUUCAAUGAGAUGCAGAAGGUCGUGAACGCGUCCAACGAGCACGUCAUCAGCAUCGGAGCGCGUUUCAGCUCAGAGGCUGACUCUCACCUGGUGUGCUUCCAGAACGAGGAGGGAAACUAUCAGACGCAGGCUAACAGCAUGCCUGGGAAGACCCGCACAGUGACCGGGGCCAGUUUCGUGGUGUUCAACGGAGCCCUGAAAGCCUCCUCAGGCUUCAUUGCCAAGUCCAGCAUCGUUGAAGAUGGAUUGAUGGUGCAAAUCCCUCCAGAGACUAUGGAGUCUCUGCGCGCCGCCCUGAGGGAGCAGACAGACUUCAACAUACCGUGCGGCAGGAACGAUGGAGCAGAGGUCCGAGAGAACGUCACCGUCCGCUGGGUUGACUGGAGUUCACCUGUUAACGCAGGCAAAACCAGCGGCGUCGACGGGAGACCUCUGGAUGGAGUCCGCAGCGUGAGGGUGCUGCAGGACACGGAGUUUGAGUCAGACGGACGCACCAUCAAAUGCACUGAGGUCUUCUACCAGCUCAAGACUCCAGACAGCAGCCUGGCGUCAGUGCUGUCGUCCUGCAGCGUGUUCCAGAAGGAGAUGGCUCUGGCCGCCUGCAGCGCUCUGACUCCUCACCUCUCUGUUCUCACCUCCAGUGGCAUCAACUCGCUCUCUCUUCGCAUCUCUACGCAGGCUGAUAUGGUGGAGUACCAGGCCGGCUGCGGAGGCCGCCUCCUCCCUCAGCGCUACAUGAACGAGCUGGACAGCGCUCUGAUCCCCGUCAUCCACGGAGGUAGCGCUAGUGUACCGCAGACUGCCAUGGACAUGGAGUUCAUCUUCUACAUCACACACACCAUCUAAUGCACACGCAGACCAUGACACACUCAAAAGUAUUGAAAUAAAUCCACUGAACAGAAGGUGGCUGAGCACAGAAAGAGGAUUGUGGCACGACGUGCUCGUUUUUUGCACAUGCGGACGUGCAGCCGGUCAGGACGAGCAGCUGCUGGCACAACGUCCCCCCGCUCUGAGGUCGGGGGCGUAAACUGACAUGAUCUAUUGGUUUUCUGUGAAGGAACCGUUGUGUGUUUUGUGUGUUUCGUGCUCACCAAAGCUGCUUUAAUACAAGAAGCCAAACACUAAACAAGGAAUACGACAACAUGACCAAAUACAACCAAACUAUUCAAAAGCAUUUUCUUCUGCUCUGCCUUCCAAGGCUCCCCGCUGGCCUCCGUCGGCCCGGAGCACCUCAGUGAAUGUUUCCCACAGACACUCUUAUCGAAAUGUCUCUCAUUUGGAUGUAUUUAUUAUAUUUUAAUAUGGGCUUAUUGAAUGGAAUGAUGAUAUUAAAGCAAGGGACGUUACUGACUGCAGUGUUCAGUACUUCAGAGGUGAUCAGGUGCUACUGUACAGUCGCUUACGUAGCUGGCCCGUUCUAAAAAAAAACUAAAACACGCAGGGA